AUGUGUCGUUGUGCAACGGGCUGGUGGCCGCUGUUUUUGUCAGGGUGUUUGUUGAUUGCUGCUUUAACUACGUUUGACUAUGCAUCACCUGGAUUUUUCAUUUUCUUGGGUUGCAUGUUGGCAUUGAUCGUAUGGUAUUGGGCAAAUUUUCUUCUAUUAAAUCAUGGAGAGCAGCACCAGUUACCCGAGAAUGAGAUAAGAGAAUCUCAGAACACAAGGACGAGAGAUAUUGAAUCUGAGUUUACAUAUAAUUCUUUAUCCAUGAUCGGGUCUCGCUUUAUGAUCAGCAGAGUAAUGGCUCCAAGGCAACAACACUAUCGGCAAGAAGCACGAUUUUUUCCUUUUGCCCCCAAAGCACAUAUUGCUAGAUUAGCCAUGAGAGCCUUGCCUCCUACGAAAAGUUUCAAUCUAGGUGAGGACAAAACCACUGAAUCAGAACGUGAUUGUGCCAUUUGCAUGGAGGAAUUUAAGAUCGGCGAAUUGAUUCAACCCUUUGGAGUCUGUGUCCAUGAGUUUCAUUCCUCUUGUGUUAACUCUUGGUUACACUCUGGAAAAACUACUUGUCCUAUUUGCCGUGAGGAAUUGUCAAUUGCUAUCCACUAG